CUUAAACCAGCGGAGUAUAUUUUCUUAUUAUAACUAGCAUCCAUCACAAUGCCCUUCGUUAAGCUCCAGAAGAACAAGGCUUACUUCAAGCGCUACCAGGUCAAGUAUCGUCGUCGCCGUGAGGGCAAGACCGACUACUUUGCCCGCAAGCAUCUGCUUAUCCAGGCCAAGAACAAGUACAACGCCCCCAAGUACCGUCUGGUUGUCCGUUUCACCAACACUGACAUUGUCUGCCAGGUUGUCCACGCCAAGAUUCAGGGUGACUUUGUCCUCGCUGCUGCCUACUCGCACGAGCUCCCCAAGUACGGUGUCAAGGUUGGUCUGACCAACUGGGCUGCCGCCUACGCUACCGGUCUGCUGGUUGCUCGCCGUGUUCUUGUCAAGCUUGGUCUUGACCAGAAGUACGAGGGCUUCCCCGAGAUUGACGGCUCCAUCCAGGAGGUUGAGGCUAUCGAGGACGGACCCCGCCCCUUCAAGGCUUUCCUUGAUGUUGGUCUCCGCCGCACCACCACUGGCUCGAAGGUCUUUGCUGCCAUGAAGGGUGCCUCGGACGGUGGUAUUUACAUUCCCCACUCCGAGCGUCGCUUCCCCGGUUACGAUGUUGAGUCCAAGGAGCUCGAUGCCGAGACCCUCCGCGACUACAUUUUCGGUGGCCACGUUGCCGAGUACAUGCGCAGCCUGAAGGAGGAGGAUGAGGAGCGUUACAGCUCCCAGUUUGCCCGCUUCAUCAAGGCCGGUGUUGCCGCCGAUGACCUCGAGGAGAUGUACGCUGGUGCCCACAAGGCCAUCCGCGCUGACCCCACCUUCGUUGCCACCGAGAAGAAGGCCGAUGCUCCCCGUCGCCACAAGACCCCCGCCCUCAACUCCAAGCAGCGCAAGGACCGCGUUCGCCAGAAGAUCGAGGCCUUCAAGCGCGCCCAGGUUUAAAUGCCUUGCGUUGCGACAAUGGUACUGCCGCAGUGAGCCCUCCCCCUGUUCAAUCCAUCAUUUUGGACGACAUUAAACCAUACUGCGAUGUGGUUUACUCCGCCUUGUUCCAUCUGCGCGCCCCCCCCCCGUUUUUGGGGUUGCGUGUCACGACGAAUUUUGCGUUGCAGUGUUUAAGUUUUCCUGUAAAAUACGAUAAUACAAAAGAGCUCAUCAACCAACUAA